AUGGGGGCACUGCAAGAAAGUCACACGGAAGCCGAUACCACCGAAAGGCAAUCGCUUCUCCAAAGACAGGAAUUUGGAGAUGUGCAGUAUGCUGACAGAAAGACCAUGGGCUGGUCUACAGCACGGAAGGCUGCCAUUUUGGGUGUGGUAUCUUGGGCUGUGUUCAAUGAUGCUCUGGUCUCCACCAUAGUCUUUCCAGCUUUACAACAAAUCACUGAUGAGUUCCAUGUCUCAAGCUCAGUGCUAAAGCAACUCCUACUCUCGGUGCAUGUAAUUGGAUUUGCGCUGGGCCCGCUUAUUGUGUCGCCGGGAAGCGAGUUAUUAGGACGAAAUCCGCUUAUGCAUACAUCAAAUUUCAUGAUGGUCUUGUCUAUGGUCAUUGGUGCGCUGAGUAACAGCAUGCCGUUGUUGCUGGUGUCGCGCACCAUAACUGGUGCGGCAGGCUGUAUACCGAUUGUUUUGGAGGGGGGAUAUAUUGCCGAUCUCAUCCACGUGGAAAAGCGUGGAAAGAUCAUAGCGGUUUGGACUCUGGCACCACUUGUGGGAACUGUAAUAGGUCCAAUUAUAAGCGGCUCCAUCACUCUCAGGGUGGGAUGGCGGUCAGUAUUCUGGCUUAUGGCUAUUCUGUCUGGAGUCCAGACUGUCGCGGGAAUGCUCAUACUUACAAAAGGGAAGUUUGAGCCCGUGGCUUCACAGUCGGAUCAAUCACAAUCGCAGUCAGCAGAACGUCUUUUGUCUAAGGGCUGGGGACCUUUCAAGGCGGCAUUUUCUCGUACUGCCAGGGUCGCUUUUCAAACGCCGGUUGUCAUUAUCACUACAUUGAACAUGAGUAUGGCAUUUGUUUACUUCUAUAUCAUUGUUACAAACUUGCCAACCUUGUUUGCCGAAUCCUAUGGCUUUGACUCUGCCCAGAUAGGGUUUGUCUAUAUAUCACCCGCGACGGGCACAGUGAUUGGAUUGGCGAUAAUCGGAAUUCUUUCUGAUAGAGUCAUCAGCCAGAGGAGAAUUGCAAGGGGCGUGUCAUUGCCUGAGGACCGCUUAUUUCCACUAAUUGCCUCUAAUGUCAUUACUGCCGUUGGGAUGCUAGCGUAUGGAUGGUCUGUACAGGCUGGCCUUGCUUGGAUGUGCCCUCUUGUUGCGAUUGCAUUUACUACAAUUGGCAUUUCAGCUAUCUUUGUGGCUCUCCAGCAGUAUUUGACCGACCAUUUUGGGGGUUCUGUUUCAAAUGCUAUAGCGUUCAUAGUCGUGGUACGGAGUAUUCUUGGGGUUCUGCUACCUCUGGCCGUCCCAUCACUUUACAACAAUCUGGGCUACGGGUGGGGUGACAGCCUUCUUGCGUUGGUAGCUCUGGCCUUUUGUCCGACGACAUUUUUGCUGAAGAAAUAUGGAGGAGAGCAUCAUACUCCAUGA